CCUGCACACAAAUUUUGAAUUUUUAGCGCUGAGAUUUCGCUGGUCCGCCGUUCCUUGCUGCUCCGGCGUUCGUCAAGUGGCCGUCCCCCGCCGUCGCCAACGAAGCACAUUAAGGCCACCCCCUGCUCCGACAAAACAAAGGUCUCCCUCGUCUUCGCUCUCAGCUCCGGCGUUCGUCAAGCUCUCGUUCCUCCGCCCUCGCCAACGAAGCACAUUAAGGCCACCGCUGCUCCGACGAAGCAAAGGUCUCCCUCUCUCGUGAUCCGACGCUAGCUCGCUUGCUUGCUGCUCUGGCGUUCGUCAAGCGGCUGUUCCCCGCCGUCGCCGACAAAGCACGUUAAGGCCACCCCUGCUCCGAUGAAGCUCCAGUGUAUUCCAUAUUACAAGGAAAAUAUUCAGCUUAUUUUCUCCACUGCCAUUGAUGGUAAGAUAAAAGCUUGGCUGUAUGAUUGCCUGGGAUCUAGAGUGGACUAUGAUGCUCCCGGUCGAUGGUGCACCAUGAUGGCUUAUAGUGCGGAUGGAACAAGGCUGUUUUCAUGUGGAACCUGUAAAGAGGGUGAUUCCCAUUUGGUUGAGUGGAACGAGACCUAG